ACCAGCCACUACAACCCUGCCAAUCUCAAGCACCUGCCUCUACAGUUGGUACAGAUGGCAUUGUCCCAGUCUGUUCCCUUCUCGGCCACAGAGCUUCUCCUGGCCUCUGCCAUCUUCUGCCUGGUAUUCUGGGUGCUCAAGGGUUUGAGGCCUCGGGUCCCCAAAGGCCUGAAAAGUCCACCAGAGCCAUGGGGCUGGCCCUUGCUCGGGCAUGUGCUGACCCUGGGGAAGAACCCGCACCUGGCACUGUCAAGGAUGAGCCAGCACUACGGGGACGUGCUGCAGAUCCGCAUUGGCUCCAUGCCCGUGCUGGUGCUGAGCGGCCUGGACACCAUCCGGCAGGCCCUGGUGCGGCAGGGCGACGAUUUCAAGGGCCGGCCUGACCUCUACACCUCCACCCUCAUCAAUGAUGGCCAGAGCUUGACCUUCAGCACAGACUCUGGACCGGUGUGGGCUGCCCGCCGGCGCCUGGCCCAGAACGCCCUCAACACCUUCUCCAUCGCCUCUGACCCAGCUUCCUCAUCCUCCUGCUACCUGGAGGAGCAUGUGAGCAAGGAGGCUGAGGCCCUGAUCAGCAGGUUGCAGGAGCUGAUGGCAGGGCCUGGGCACUUCGACCCUUACAAUCAGGUGGUGGUGUCAGUGGCCAACGUCAUCGGUGCCAUGUGCUUCGGACAGCACUUCCCUGAGAGUAGUGAUGAGAUGCUCAGCCUCGUGAAGAACACUCACGAAUUCGUGGAGACUGCCUUCUCCGGGAAUCCCGUGGACUUCUUCCCCAUCCUUCGCUACCUGCCUAACCCUGCCCUGCAGAGGUUCAAGGCCUUCAACCAGAGGUUCCUGCGGUUCCUGCAGAAAACAGUCCAGGAGCACUAUCAGGACUUUGACAAGAACAGUGUCCAGGACAUCAUGGGUGCCCUGUUUAAGCACAGCAAGAAGGGGCCUAGAGCCAGCGGCGACCUCAUCCCCCAGGAGAAGAUUGUCAACCUUGUCAAUGACAUCUUUGGAGCAGGAUUUGACACAGUCACAACAGCCAUCUCCUGGAGCCUCAUGUACCUUGUGACCAAGCCUGAGAUACAGAGGAAGAUCCAGAAGGAGCUGGACACUGUGAUUGGCAGGGAGCGGCGGCCCCGGCUCUCUGACAGACCCCAGCUGCCCUACUUGGAGGCCUUCAUCCUGGAGACCUUCCGACACUCCUCCUUCUUGCCCUUCACCAUCCCCCACAGCACAACAAGGGACACAACGCUGAAUGGCUUCUACAUCCCCAAGAAAUGCUGUGUCUUCGUAAACCAGUGGCAGGUCAACCAUGACCCAGAGCUGUGGGAAGACCCCUCUGAGUUCCGGCCUGAGCGGUUCCUCACCGCCGACGGCACUGCCAUUAACAAGCCCUUGAGUGAGAAGAUGAUGCUGUUUGGCAUGGGCAAGCGCCGGUGUAUCGGGGAAGUCCUGGCCAAGUGGGAGGUCUUCCUCUUCCUGGCCAUCCUGCUACAGCAACUGGAGUUCAGCGUGCCGCCGGGCGUGAAAGUCGACCUGACCCCCAUCUACGGGCUGACCAUGAAGCACGCCCGCUGUGAACACGUCCAGGCACGGCUGCGCUUCUCCAUCAACUGAAGAAGACACCACCAUUCUGAGGCCAGGGAGCGAGUGGGGGCCAGCCACGGGGACUCAGCCCUUGUUUCUCUUCCUUUCUUUUUUUAAAAAAUAGCAGCUUUAGCCAAGUGCAGGGCCUGUAAUCCCAGCAUUUUAGGAGGCCAAGGUUGGAGGAUCAUUUGAGCCCAGGAGUUGGAAAGCAGCCUGGCCAACAUAGUGGGACCCUGUCUCUACAAAAAAAAAAAUUUGCCAAGAGCCUGAGUGACAGAGCAAGACCCCAUCUCAAAAAAAAAAAAAAAAAAAAACCAUAUAUAUACAUAUAUAUAUAUAUAGCAGCUUUAUGGAGAUAUAAUUCUUAUGCCCUAUAA